AUGCUGACCAAGUUCGAGACGAAGAGCAACCGGGUGAAGGGCCUGAGCUUCCACCCGCGGCGGCCAUGGAUCCUGGCGAGCCUCCACAGCGGGGUGAUCCAGAUGUGGGACUACCGCAUGGGCACCCUCCUCGACCGCUUCGACGAGCACGACGGGCCUGUCCGCGGCGUCCACUUCCACGCCACCCAGCCGCUCUUCGUCUCCGGAGGUGAUGAUUAUAAGAUUAAGGUCUGGAAUUACAAGACACACCGCUGUCUCUUCACACUUCAUGGGCACCUUGACUACAUUCGCACUGUGCAAUUCCAUCAUGAGUACCCAUGGAUCGUAAGUGCUAGUGAUGAUCAGACAAUACGGAUCUGGAACUGGCAGUCACGCACCUGUGUGGCUGUGCUGACUGGGCAUAACCACUAUGUAAUGUGUGCAUCUUUCCAUCCCAAAGAAGACCUGGUUGUAUCGGCAUCACUUGAUCAGACUGUUCGCGUCUGGGAUAUUGGAGCUCUGAGGAAGAAGACAGUGUCACCUGCAGAUGACAUCCUUCGUCUCACCCAGAUGAACACAGAUCUAUUUGGCGGUGUUGACGCUGUAGUGAAAUAUGUCUUGGAAGGCCAUGACCGUGGAGUCAAUUGGGCCUCAUUUCAUCCCAGUUUGCCACUCAUUGUUUCUGGGGCAGAUGACCGGCAGGUGAAGCUAUGGAGAAUGAAUGACACCAAGGCUUGGGAAGUUGAUACUUUGAGGGGCCACAUGAAUAAUGUGUCUUGUGUGAUGUUCCAUGCAAAACAAGACAUCAUUGUGUCAAACUCAGAAGACAAAAGCAUUCGCAUUUGGGAUGCCACAAAGAGAACUGGUAUUCAAACAUUUAGGCGGGAACAUGACCGUUUCUGGAUUCUUGCUGCUCACCCUGAAAUGAAUCUUCUUGCUGCUGGUCAUGACAGCGGCAUGAUCGUGUUCAAACUAGAGAGGGAACGCCCAGCCUUCUGUGUAAGUGGUGACACUGUUUUCUAUGUGAAGGACCGAUUUCUCCGGUUCUUUGAAUACUCUACCCAGAAGGAAGUUCAAGUGGCUCCCAUAAGAAGGCCUGGAUCAGUUAGCUUGAACCAGUCACCAAGGUCGUUAUCAUACAGCCCAACCGAAAAUGCUGUCUUGAUCUGUUCUGAUGCCGAUGGAGGCUCAUAUGAACUCUACAUUGUUCCUAAGGAUUCAGCUGGCAGGGCUGAUUAUUUGCAAGAGGCAAAGAAGGGAGCUGGUGGUUCUGCAGUUUUUGUGGCGCGCAACAGGUUCGCAGUCCUUGAGAAGAGUAGCAAUCAAGUUUUGGUCAAGAACCUUAAGAAUGAAAUUGUGAAGAAAAGUCCCCUUCCAAUUGCGACUGAUGCAAUAUACUAUGCUGGGACUGGUAACUUGCUGUGCAAAGCUGAAGAUCGGGUGGCCAUCUUUGAUCUUCAGCAAAGACUAGUCCUUGGUGAGCUCCAGACUCCUGCUGUUAAAUAUGUUGCUUGGUCCACCGAUAUGGAAUCUGUUGCACUGUUGAGCAAGCAUGCAGUGGUUAUAGCUAGCAAGAAGCUUGUCCAUCGUUGCACAUUGCAUGAAACCAUCCGUGUGAAAAGUGGUGCCUGGGAUGAGAAUGGCGUGUUCAUUUACACUACAUUGAACCAUAUGAAGUACUGUCUUCCCAAUGGAGACAGUGGGAUCAUAAAAACCCUUGAUGUUCCUAUUUACAUAACAAGGGUUGUUGGGAACAAUAUUUUCUGCCUAGAUCGUGAUGGAAAGAACAAGUUGAUUGCAGUUGAUGCAUCUGAGUACAUUUUCAAGCUCGCACUUCUCCGAAAACGCUACGACCAUGUUAUGAGUAUGAUUAAGAACUCCCAGCUAUGUGGACAGGCUGUUAUUUCUUAUUUACAGCAGAAAGGCUUUCCUGAAGUUGCUCUGCACUUUGUGAAGGAUGAGAAGACCAGAUUUAACCUAGCUCUUGAGAGUGGUAACAUCCAAAUUGCAGUUGCUUCUGCAAAGGAGAUUGAUGACAAGGAUCACUGGUACAGGUUGGGAAUUGAGGCCCUGAGGCAAGGAAAUGUUGGCAUUGUGGAAUAUGCAUACCAACGAACAAAGAAUUUUGAGAGGCUUGCUUUUCUGUAUCUUAUCACUGGUUAUUUGGACAAGGUGGGCUUCAUGUGCAAAAUUGCUGGACAGAAUAAUAAUUUGAUGGGACAGUUCCACAAUGCACUAUAUCUUGGGGAUGCUAAGAAGAGAGUUGAGAUCUUGGAGAAUGCUGGGCAGCUACCGCUUGCUUAUGUUACUGCUGUCACUCAUGGGCUCACUGAAAUUGCCGAGAGGAUUGCUGCUGAAUUGGGCGAAAAUGUUCCUUCACUGCCUGAAGGAAAAUCUCACUCACUGCUCAUGCCCCCUGCACCUCUUACAGCCUGUGGCGAUUGGCCAUUGCUGCGUGUGAUGCGUGGAAUCUUUGAAGGUGGACUGGAUGCUACUGGAAGGGCAGAGCUUGAGGAAGAUGAUGAAGCUGCUGGUGCUGACUGGGGUGAUGAAGAUUUGGAUAUUAUUGAUGCAAGUGAGGUGGUGGCAAAUGGUGCUGAUGGUUUUGUUGAUGCGGAGGAGAAUGAACCAAAUGAGGAGGAUGGUGAGGAAGGUGGCUGGGACCUGGAAGAUCUGGAACUCCCACCUGAAACAGAGACUCCAAAAGCUGCUGGCAGUGCUCGCUCUGCUGUAUUUGUUGCUCCUACACCAGGCAUCCCUGUCAGCCAGAUUUGGACUCAGAGAUCUUCUCUGGCUGGGGAGCAUGCGGCUUCAGGGAACUUUGACACAGCAAUGCGGUUACUUAACCGCCAGUUGGGUAUCAGGAAUUUCGCUCCCCUUAAGCCCUUGUUUCUUGAUCUGCACAUGGGCAGUCACACAUAUCUGCGUGCACUUGCUGCUGCUCCGGUAAUAUCAGUUGCUGUUGAGAAAGGAUGGAAUGAGUCUGCAAGUCCUAAUGUGAGGGGCCCUCCUGCACUUGUUUUCAGCUUCUCACAGUUGGAAGACAGACUCAAGGCUGCCUACAAAGCCACAACUGAGGGCAGGUUCCCGGAAGCACUGAGGCAGUUCCUAAGCAUCUUACAUACCAUUCCUGUUAUUGUGGUGGACUCACGGAGAGAAGUUGAUGAAGUGAAGGAAUUAAUCGAGAUAGUGAGAGAGUAUGUUCUUGGUCUGAAAAUGGAACUCAAGAGAAAGGAAUUGAGGGAUGAUGUUACCCGUCAACAGGAGUUGGCUGCUUACUUCACUAAUUGCAAGCUUCAAAGAGUUCAUAUGAGGCUUGUGCUUGCAAGCGCUAUGGCUCUUUGUUUCAAGCAGAAAAACUAUGCUACUGCAGCACACUUUGCAAGGAUGCUUCUUGAGAACAGCCCCCAGGAGGCUCAAGCAAAGAAGGCUCGGCAGGUGUUGCAAGCUUGCCAGGACAAGAAUGAUUCUCACCAACUGAACUACGACUUCAGAAAUCCAUUCGUUGUCUGCGGUGCUACAUAUGUUCCUAUCUACCGUGGCCAAAAGGAUGUUUCCUGCCCAUAUUGUGGAUCCCGGUUUGUUCCUUCCAUCGAGGGGCAGCUUUGUACCAUAUGUGAGCUUGCCACAGUUGGGGCAGAUGCUUCAGGCCUCCUCUGCUCCCCUACACAGUUGAGAUAAGCAAUGGAAGCUACAGGCCCCUAUAUUCUUUCUAGUGUCAAAAGUUCUAAAUGUAAGACUUUUAUCAUAUAUUUUAUCAGGAACUUUACUGAUUGUAAGGAAUAAGUAUUAUACAUGGUUUUAUCGAGUUUCUUACCAUAUUUUUUUGUUUGCCUAGAGACUGCUGUGAUCACUUGCCAUAUGGUUUAGACUUAUGAUCAACCUAUGUAAGCUAUGCUAUACAUUGAUGUAUGCAAAGUUUAUCUCACUCUUUACGAUUCUUUUUGGA